AUGGGCAGUAGACAGAGAUCCCGGACAACAGUCAAAGGAACACAAAUUCCACAGAGAAAAGCAAGAGCUCCUCACAGUGACAGUUUAGUCCAACAUAGUCCAACAGUUGGAGCCGAGUGCAGCAACAGGAGAACACUGAACAAAGAACGAGAGUCAACAGAUUAUGGAACCACUUACGAGAAACUCAAUGAAAAGGUGGGAGUAAAGACCAUCCUCAGCUAUCUAUACGUCAGCCCCAACAACAAGCGCAAGAUCAUGCUGCUGACAGAUCCAGAGGUGGAGAGCAGUUUGCUCAUCAGCUCAGAUGAAGGCGCCACCUAUCAAAAAUAUCGCCUCAACUUCUACAUCCUCAGCCUGCUGUUUCACCCUGAGCAGGAGGACUGGAUCCUUGCCUAUGGCCAUGACCAGAAGCUCUACAGCUCUGUUGAGUUCGGCCGUCGAUGGCAGCUCGUUCACGAGCGGGUGGCGCCCAAUCGAUUCUACUGGUCUAAACUGGGCCUUGAUAAAGAGCCGGGCCUGAUUCACCUUGAGACCAGCAUCUCAGAAACCCAGGCUCUUUAUGUCACAUGCAAGCUUCAGAACUGCACAGAAGCCAACAAGGGCAAACCUUUUCCUGGAUAUAUUGACCCCAACUCCCUGGUGGUCCAAGAUGAGUAUGUGUUUGUUCAGGUGUCAACCGGCGGUCGGCCAAUCUACUACGUGUCAUCCAGGCGAGAUGUGUUUACACCCAUGAAGCUUCCCAAAUACACCCUUCCAAAGGAUCUGCAUGUGAUCAGUACAGAUGAGAACCGGGUCGUGGCGGCAGUUCAAGAGUGGAACCAGAAUGACACUUGCAACCUGUACGUGUCAGAGGCCGGAGGCAUUUACUACACGCUGGCUUUGGAGAAUGUCAUGAGCAGUAUGGGAUCAGAGGGAAAUGUCAUGAUAGAUCUAUAUGAGGUGGCAGGAAUAAAAGGUAUGUUCUUGGCUAAUAAGAAGCUAAAUAAUGAGGUGAAGACAUACAUAACCUAUAACAAAGGUCGUGACUGGAGGCUCCUGCAGGCUCCCUCAGCUGAUCUCAGAGGAAACCGAAUCCAUUGCAUGUUGCCGUACUGUUCUCUGCAUCUUCACCUGCACGUAUCUGCAAACCCAUACACAUCCGGAAACAUAGCCAGCAGAGAGUCGGCCCCUGGAAUCAUAGUAGCGUCAG